ACCGUUUGCAAUAAUAGGAGAUUUUUACGUACGCACCGGUUCGGCCGCCAUAUUGGAGGUAUACCAGCGAAGCGUAAACAUCGAUCAAAAUUAAGAGAGCGUAAAACUGUGACUAAUGGCGUCUAAAUCACUGAACCAAAAAGGGCCGUACAAAGAUAGACUGGAGCCUGCAACAAAAGCAAGAUACAUUGAAAAACUUGCAUUGAUUGGUGGUAUUGACCCAUAUGAUUUGAAAAAGCUUUGUGAUGAUGUGAAUCAACUGCCAUCGUUGACCUACCCUGACAUCGUUAAUUAUUUGUUGUUUACACCUAGUAUUUACACGAUGGAAGAUCUGAAAAACUUCAAAAGCUUAGAAGCAGUGAAUCAAGUUGAGUGUGGCUGGGUUUCUGGCGUGACUUCUGCUGUGUUGAGUAACAGACUGUUGGUGAAAGGAAGGGUUCUUCACUCUCAAAGAAUGCAUGAAAAACCACUGUCCCCAUGGUUCAUCUCUACGAAGGAUGGUCAAGUGUUGGCCAGUCACUGUGACUGUAUGGCAGGAUGUGGAGAAACUUGCACACAUGUUGCUGCCUUAAUGUUUUGGGUUAUGAGAACUGUUAAAGUAAGAGACGAAAGGACUGUAACACAGGAACCAGCAUAUUGGACCAUCCCCCCAUCCGUGAAGAAUGUUGAGUAUAGAGAAAUUUCUAACAUUAACUUUCAAAGUGCGAAGUCCCUCAAGAGAAAAUUUGAAGAGUGUUUAAGCAGCUCAACCAGUCAAAUUUCUAAAAAUGUUCAUCCUGUAAGAAAGACUAGGAAAAUCCCUUCCCCUACAGAAAAUGAAUUAGACUCUUUCUUCUCUGAUCUAGUUUCCACCAACCGUAAGCCUGCAAUCUUAUCAAUUGUGCUUGAUUAUCUUGAGAGCUACAAACCUAAGUCAGCAGUGCUCAAGUUGCCUAAACCACUAACUGAACUCAAGAACAAACAAUCAAUGAAUUUAGAUUAUGACCAGCUAAUCAAAUCAUGUGAGGGCAUUGAAAUUACGGUCACUGACGAGGAAAUUGAAAAUGUAGAGAAAAUCACCCGAAAACAGGCAAGUGAGGGUAAGUGGUUCAAUUACCGCGCUGGGCGUAUCACAGCCUCAAAAAUGAAGAGUGUUUACACUGCGAACAUUGAUAAUCCGUCAAGUGCGUUAGUAAAAUCUAUUGUUUAUCCCAAUGUAAACUUUAGAAAUGAAGCCACCAAAUGGGGGAUUGACAAUGAGAAAAAAGCUGCCACUGUGUUGUGA